AUGAAGUUAGUUUUACUCUUGUUGGCGGUAUCCUCGUGCCGAUCCGAAGUAGUAGCGAUCGAGCGCAGUUACUUUGAAAGUUAUCUUAGGGAGCCUCCACCACCGACGCAGAAGGAUUCCGAAAAGCAUGGCGGUGGCAAGAAUGCGCUUAGUUUGGAAUAUUACAAAUGGCCGAAUGGAAUAGUGCCGUUUUUGUUCAGUCAUGGCUUCAGUGUAAACGAGCAAGCUAUCAUUCUGGAUGCGAUAAACGUACUUCAACAGCAAACUUGUGUUUACUUCAUCCCGAAGACGCCGGAUCAGAGGGAACACAUUCGUUUCGUAAAGUCGGAUUGGGGCUGUGGUUCAUCGAUCGGGUAUCGGCGAGGUCAAGUCGAACCACUGGAUGUGACGCUGGACGACUUCUGUCUCGAACUCCCGGGAGCUGUCCAGCAUGAGCUGCUGCAUGUUCUGGGUCUAUUUCACGAGCAUACUCGACCAGAUAGGGACGAUUACGUCGAGGUGUUGUGGGAAAACAUAGAGCCAGCUUACCGACAUAACUUUGCCAAGGGCUCCUGGGAUUACAUGGAGUCUUUUGGUCUACCGUACGACUACGGUAGCGUUAUGCACUAUCCAAGCUAUGCGUAUGCGAAAGCAGGGGCGUCCGUUACCAUGGUAUCGCGCAUAAACAGCAGUGCACCGCUUGGUCAAACUGAUGGGGCAAGCUUUUACGAUCUGCAAAAAAUUCGCUACAUGUAUCCUUGUCCGUAA